AUGGCCUCUUUGGACGAAGUCUUUGAAAAUGCGACAGCGAAUGGCUCCAUUUUGGGUGCCGUUAUUCUGGGCAAAGAUACGUCUGGUAAAUUCAACUACUCAAAAACGUUUGGUCGCCGCACAUUUGGAGAUGGAGAGGAAUCUUUGAUGCGAACAGACACCGUGCUUUCUUUUGCUUCCGCUACGAAAUUAAUCACUUGCAUUGCAGUAAUGCAGUUAGUGGAGGCAGGGAAGCUCAACUUGGACGACGAUAUGUCACCGAUUAUCCCCGAACUCGCGGAGCAAGAGGUGCUCUUAGGGUUUGACGAGACGACCGGGGAACCGCAGCUGCGGAAACGGACGAACCCGCUCAAGCUGCGAUAUCUGCUCACACAUAGCGCGGGCCUUGCCUACGGUGCCAUGAACCCGUUGCUCCAGAGAUGGGGGGCUCUGAACAACCGGGCCCCACAAUCUGGGCCGACUGUAGUGGAACGCUUCGCUUACCCAUUGGCGUACGAGCCAGGGACUGGCUGGGGCUACAGCCCGGGUGUUGACUGGGCAGGAAAAAUUGUGGAGAGAGUCACGGGAGAGACGCUGGAAUCCUACUUUCGGAAGCACAUUUUCGAUCCUCUCGAUAUCACCAGCAUCACCUUUUGGCCGCGCAAGCAUCCGUCCAUUCAAGGCAAACUGGCGACCAUGACUGCGAGAACUGCGUCUGGUGGCAUAGAACCUUACAAAGGCCCGUACAUUACUGACGGGGCAGAGGAUUGCUUUGGCGGACAAGGUGCAUCUGGCAAUCUCGAAGACUAUAUGAAGAUUUUGACAUCGUUGCUUGUCAACGAUGGGAAGCUGCUACGGAAGGAGACUGCUGACCAGUUUUUCCAGCCACAGCUGACGGCGGAGAGCAAGGUCGCGCAGAAGGCCCUUAUUCAGGAUCCAGACAAGGUGAAGAUAUUCGUCGGCGAUUUCCCCUCAGAUAUGGAAUAUGACUGGGGCUUGGGCGGUAUCUUGGUUCAGAGUGAUGGGCGAACGAGAAGGUCCAAGGGCACUAUGAUUUGGAGCGGCAUGCCGAACCUUUUUUGGUUCAUUGACCGGGCAAGAGGACUGUGUGCUGUUAUUGGCAUGCAGCUGCUGCCCCCGGCCGAUCCGAAAGCGCAGGAACUUGUGAGAUUGUUCGAGGAAGGCAUGUACGAGCUUCUGGGGAGUCAGGUUCUUUAG